UUUUCAUUAGGUUCACCAUUUUGUAUUGGUUCUGAGUAUGAAUUUUCAUCAGUUUCUGGUUAUCCUCACAAUACCUAUCAUGGCCAAACUAGACAUUAUCGACCAAGCUUAAAUAUAGAGUUUGGUUCUCCCAGUCGUUUCUGUGAUUCUCCUCAGCAUAAUCCUAGUAUUGGUUCUGGUGGUUCUUACACACCACAUGUACAGAGUCCACGUCGCAAGUCUUCAAGUGCCAGCAAUGAAAGUGAACAUGGAUAUACUAGUUCUAGUUCAGGAAUUGGACCUUCACCUUUGGGAUUACCACCACCAUUAACAGAAAGAACUUCAUAUAUAGAAUAUAAUAGACAGGAUAAUCAGCAUCCUCACCUUCAUUAUCCAGAAUAUGGUGGUAGAUUGCCUGAAGUUCAGUAUCAUUGCUUUCAGGAAUAUCGUGGAUCUGUGGAUGGUACUUACUACAUUGAACGUUAUUACUCAGAUUAUGCUAGACCUGAUGUUUAUCAUGUGGAAAGGAUUUAUCCUGAUUACAUUCGUCACCAAGAUGGAUAUCAUGCCUAUGAUAAUCCUAGUUCAACGGUAGCUUCUGUGAACGUUCCCGCUGUGAGCCUUGCCCAACCACGUACUCCACAACGCAAAAUUUAUGCACAUCGCCGUACUCCUUCAAAUGUAUCAAAUGCUUCGAGUGCAUCAUCAAAUGUAAACCCUUCCUUCCAUCCCGAUGAUUCCGAACGUCUACCUCCAUAUUCUCUGUCAUCUCAUUAUUUGCCUCCUGGUUCGCCAUUGCCUCCACAUCACUUAGGUUCACCUUGGAGGCAAAAUAAUCACGAACCUCUACCGGAUAGACCACUGACUCUCGACAUUCCCGGACGUUACCGGUCUUCUGCUCUAUGCCGACUACAGACAAAUAUGGGAAGGACGUCACCCAAAGGUUGGGGUAUCUCUUCCAAUUCGAGUGGAACACCAACAAACACGACUCCACCCGACAGUAUAUCGGUUUCGGCUAGUGAUGACAGUUCCCACGUUUCACGGGUACGCUUCAACUUCGAUAAAACAUCAGGGAAUGUCAAUAAAACUUUAGGUAAAACAGACGAAGAAAAGACAUUGCUUGAUUUACCUGCAGAAGGUCAAUCUCAAGAUGGUACUAUUCCUCUAACAGCAAUGAUGCAAUUAUCACAAAAUAAGCAAGGUAGACCCACUGUCCAAGAUUUAGAAAAAGAAUUUCUUUUGUAGCAAGCAUAUGGAUGUUAGUGGUAAAUUGAUACAUAUUAAGAAUUGAUCGAAAAAUUGUGAAUUAAAAUUCUUCUCAUAAUUGCCCAAUUUGAAAAGAAAAGAAAGAAAAAAAAAAA